GAGGUCAAAACCGGAUAUGAAAAAUAACAAAAACGAAUCGCAUGAUUAUACUCGAUAGGAUUUCGUUAAAAACAACAUCGUGCUUCUUUGGAUACUGUAACAUAUACAAAAGUUAUCAUGAGACGGUUAUUGUUCAUGUGCAUGGUGACAAUAUGUAGCCUUACUAACAGUUAUUCAACAGGACACACCGACUCUCUUGAACGACUCACCGAGAUCAUUGCUCGGCAGUACCAUAAACGCCAGCGCCCGGAGACUGAUAAUGUGGAGGCAGGUGGUUUGACUCCCGGAUUGGCGGACAGUGAGGCGGUUAUGGUUGACUCGGAGAGCGAUAAUCAGUAUGAGCGAAACUUGGCCCGGAUGAAAGAUGCUUUGAUGAAAGAGAAACAAUGGCGGCGGAUGUCGUUGCAAGGCCGCUGGAUAAAUGAGGAUGGAGGCUUCCGAGGAACAUCCACGACCCCUAAAAAAUUAUCUACAACCUCACCAACAACUACCACGAUAUCCACAACGACACCAACAACAACUACAACAACAUCUAACUUCAUUGAUCGUUGGUGUUUGUCUCCAGGGCUUGCGAAACGAAGGGCAUUAUGGGGGAAACUAACGAAAGGCAAUUGGUGGCGAACAUGCAACGGCCUUUGGUCAAGAUCAAUAUGAAGAAAGUCUGGGAUAUCGAAAUUACAAAAUAUGAACGAUUAGCCAAAGUUAAAUUAGUGUGGCAAUGCGUCCAUAUUGUUUUCCUUAUAAGAAAGUCGUUUAAAUUAGUGUGAGUCUUUUAGUGAACCUUUUAAAUCAGCAUGUUACAGUGUGUGUAUACCACGUGAUAAAUUACGUCAUAUAUGCUACGUCGGAAGGCAAAAAAUUGCUUAAAAUGAAGACUUAAAUCAAACAUAACUUUUCAUUUACAAAACCAUUUGAAAUGAAACAAAGGGCAGUCUAUGCCGCUUAAAGAGCCCCGCAUUUGUUUUAUAUCCGAAAUUUUAUGAGGUCAUUAGUUUCUUUAAACACUUCGACAAACAUGUUUCCAAAAUAAUGUUUGGACAGUGCUACGUCAGACGGCCAUAUUAUGAAAAGGUUUGUCGAAGUGUUUUAAGAAACUAAACUCUCAAUCAAAUUCUGGUAAAGACCGAAGGCAGGGCUUCGAAAGCGGAUUAGACUGCGCUAUGUUUCAUUUAAAGUGGUGAAGAAAUAGUGAAGUUAUCUUUGUUUAAAGUAUUUUAUCAAAUCAAAAUAUUGCCUUCUGACCUAGCAUUUAUGACGCAAUUUAUCACGUGGUAUACACACACUGUGUUAAGAUGUAAAAUAGUUUUAUAUCCAGUU